AUGUUGAGAACCAUUGUCAUGACAAUGACAGCGUUGGACGCUGACGACCCCAACACCGACAAUGCCGUCCUUCGCUACAACAUUGUGAGGCAGUCCCCAGACAAGCCGUCGCCCAACAUGUUCUACAUUGACCCGGAGCGGGGAGACAUUGUCACCGUCAUCUCCCCGAAUCUCCUGGACAGAGAGACCCUUCCAACGACACAAUACGAGCUGGAGAUCGUAGCCAAGGACAUGGCAGGAAGUGAGGUUGGACUGACAGGAACCGCCACCGCCACCAUCACCAUCACAGACAAGAAUGACCACGCCCCUGAGUUCACUCACUCUCUGGCGAGCUUGUUGGGAGUGGAUGUGGCCGACAGAAUGUUCCGGCUCAGAGAGCCAGCGGGGCCAAGGCCGUGUGGUGAGGAAAAACACUACGCACCUCCAGCCAGGUUUGCGGUGCUGAGAGACCCAGCAGGCUGGCUGAGCGUGAACCCGGUCAGAGGGACGGUCAACACGUCUGCAUCGUUGGACCGCGAGUCGCCGUUCGUCCACGACAACAAGUACACAGCCGUCUUCCUAGCAACAGACAAUGGCAGCCCUCCAGCCACUGGCACGGGAACGCUGGUCAUCACCCUGGAGGAUUACAACGACAACGCCCCCUACUUGUUCCCGUCAGUAGCGCGGGUGUGUGAGGACGCCAAGGACAUGAGCGUUGUGGUUGUGGGGGGCCGGGACAAAGACGUCUACCCCAACGCAGGACCCUUCAAGAUCGAGCUGGGGAAGCAGCCUGGGCUGGAGAAGACAUGGAAGGUCUCCAGGGUCAACAACACACACUCCCAGGUGCUGUUGCUUCACAGUCUGAAGAGAGCCAACUACAACCUGCCUCUGGUGGUGACGGACUCAGGCAUGCCCCCGCUCACCAACCACACGGAGGUCAAGGUUCAGGUGUGCACCUGCAGGAAGACCUGGAUGGAUUGCAGCGCUGCAGGCUCCCUCUGCUCCGCCCACCACCUCCUCCUCCUCACCCUGCUGCUUCUCACCGCCACCUGCCUGUAAAUUGAGCUGAAUCCUCCUGUAGUCUCCUUGAAGCAUCUCCCACACAGCACCCCAGCUUAGGAGAGACAAAGGGAAGAAGACCACCACAACAACAAAACAGCAACAAACAAAUAAACAUAUGAACACAAUCCUGAUUGGCACCUGAAACUUCGCUUCUCUGGGUGCCCCAAGGUUAUUCCGCCCACCAACUUCCCCUCCUUUCCUCCCCCUCCCUCCCUCCCUCCCUCUCCUCUCUCCCCUCCCUUCCUUGUCCCCCCAUCCUCCCACACCUACCUUCUACUCCCCUCCCUCCUCCUCUCUCCCUCUCUUUACGUACUUUCUUUCACGACUCCCUUCCUCUCUCUGCUAGGAAUUUAGAAACGUAGUCUCACCCUCAGCUUCUCUUGUUCUCUUUCUUUUCUCUCCUUCUCCUUUCUCUCUGGUCCCCCGUCCUCCUCCUCUCCUUGGGAUCCCCUCACAGCUAUCUUAACCCAUAGUAGGCCC